AUGCUUGGCGUCCUAGGGUCUUGGUUAAAAGUGANAGGCAUGAUACACGUGAAUCUCUCGCUGAACCAAGACGUUAAGCUGAAUGAAACUGACAAUGCUUGGCGUCCUAGGGUUUUGGUUAAAAGUGAAGUAGAAGCUGAUCCUGAAGUAAAAUCUAGACAGGAAAAGGAAGAGCUUAUACGCCGUGUACGCGGUAUAUUGAAUAAAUUAACUCCUGAGAAGUUUGACACAUUAGUCGAAGAAAUAAUAAAGCUUAAAAUAGACACACCUGAUAAAAUGGAGGACGUGAUGGUUCUCGUUUUUGAAAAAGCAAUAGAUGAGCCAAAUUUUUCAGUGUCGUAUGCACGCUUGUGUCAUCGUUUGAUAACUGAAGUGAAAGCACGUGACGAGCGUAUGGAAAGCGGUACGAAGACUAACCUGGCCCAAUUUCGUGCUGCCCUCUUGGACAAAACUGAGCGCGAGUUUACUCAAAAUGUUACUAAGAGUAAAGCUAAAGAAAGAAAACUACAACCUAUUUUAGAAAAAAUUUCAGAAUGUACUGAUCCAACAGAAAAGAUAGAAUUAGAGGCACAACUAGAGGAAGAAGAAAGAAAAAUCCGCCGCCGAUCGGGGGGCACUGUCCGUUUUAUUGGUGAACUUUUUAAAAUUUCCAUGCUUACCGGAAAGAUUAUCUAUUCGUGCAUUGAAACUCUACUAAAUCCAAACUCGGAAGACCAGCUUUUAACAACUGUUAGAGCGAAAUUCGAGCAAACUCCCAUUAACGCUAAGGAAUCGAAUCGUUGUUACUCGUUAGACAAGACGAUUACCCGUAUGCAGGCCAUUGCUUCAAAAACGGAUAAAGAAGGAGCAAAAGUGAGCUCACGUGUUCGGUUUAUGCUGCAAGAUGUAAUUGAUUUACGCCGAGACAAAUGGCAAUCGAAGCGAAAUGAGGCCCCAAAAACCAUGGGGCAAGUAGAAAAAGAAAUGAAAACUGAGCAACUAUCUUCUCAAUAUCUUAACUAUGCUGGAUCUGUAUCUGGGGGUGGUGCUGGUGGCUCUAAUGGACAAUCAUCCUUAAACUCUGGGAACAAGCGUGAUGAACGAGGAGGACGAUAUGAUUCACGGAGUGGAUAUGGAGGUAGUCAUAGUCAGAGAGGGGAUCCUAGCAGCCUUCGUCGUCAGCAACAGAUGGGUGGAAACGUUGGACACUCAAACUCUAACAGUGACGAUAGCACAUGGCAUAUUCAGACUAGCAAAGGAGGAAGUCGUGUUCUGGAUGCAAUGAAAUUAGAAGGCUUGACAACCGCCAAUAACUUUGAUAAUAAGAAAAUGGGUGGCGUAUCCCAGUUUAUCUGGUCACAGCGGCAGUCCUCCACACCUUCAUCGACUCCUACGAAUUCUUUCGCGGCUUUAUCUGCACUUAGUGAUUCCAACAGAAGUAACGAAAGGGAUCGUGAUAGGGAUAGAAGUGGUCCACGUAGUAAGGGAUCGUACAAUAAAGGAUCCACCGAACGAGAGCGUUAUAGCAUGCAAACACGGUCAGGUUCUUCUCAGGCUUCUCGGGAAAGCUCGUCGUCAAGAGGUCCCCAAUCACGCUCAACGAUGAGCACAUCUUCAUUGCCAAAGUCCGCGAGCCACUCUAAGUAUACACAGUCAAUGCAAUCUUCAAACAUAAUGUCCGGAAAGCCUUCAGUUACAGGGCCGAUGUCCUUAUAUUCACAGCGUGAAAAUUUACAUUCAAACCCACAAACUGAGAGUAGUAGGACACCUACUGAGCCACCAAUUGCAGUUUUCGAGAAAUCUAGUGACGGAGAUAUCCGGGUCAUAAAGUCUGUUAUCACAGAAAUGCUCGAGAUAGCGUCAACAUCGAGAACAUUAAUGAACUCCAUUGAGCCUUGUAUUUUACGUGUUAGAGAGAGUCAGCGUUGUGCCCUUUUGUUUUAUAUUAUGACAGAUUAUCUGCAUUUGAGGCAUGUCGGAAAAUUGCAAAGGCGCUAUUUAGGCAAUAUUGUCGUUUACUUAACUAACUAUAAUUAUUUGUCGAUACAACAUUUUAAUGUAGCUUAUAAACAAUUUUGUGAAAUAGCUAGCGAUCUAGCCCUUGAUAUUCCCGAUCUCUGGAAGUAUAUUAUAGAAUUCACAGGUCCAUUGAUCAAGAAAAAGCUUAUUACAAUAUACGAUUUAUGGUGUAAGCAAUUGAAAGAAGAUAACGCUCCAAGUUUUGGUAAAAGGUUUUUAAAAACAUUUUUGGAUUAUUGUUUAAGGGAAAUUGGUCCAAGCUUUACUCGUACUAUAUGGAAAAAAACGAAUAUUAAAUGGACAGAUUUCUUAGAUGAAAAAGAAGUCAUGAGUUUUAUUGAAACAAAUAAAUAUGAAUAUAUAGAAAACGAUUAAAUUCAGUCAGCGAUAGUAUUUGAAUUCAAGGAAGACAAUUUUAACUCAGUUACUGACAACGUGGAGCUUUUACUGAAGCAAGAAGCAGCAGCAGAUUGUAUAAUAGACUAUAUUAAUGGCAACGUUGGUGAUAUUGA